AUGUUGAAAACAAUCCAUUCAUUACUACAGCCUGGUAUCGUCCUCGGUGCGGGCGACAGACCGUCACAGCUCAUGUUUGAUCAUGAUAUAUCCGCAGACUACUUUGCCUGGCCCGGCCUCCGGGAACGCCUAGUUCUGACCGGAUCUCAGAUCUUAACCGACGAAUUCUUCAGUAACUUUGCGUUGAGUUUUCGAUUGAUUUGGAAGCAAGAAUUGUCUGCUGUUUAUGCUUUCGAUCCAAUCACAGAGCUGUACUCCUUGUCACGUCGGUUCACGGAAUCACUUCGUGACAUUCAAAAUUGGACUAUGGAUCAAAAGUUCUUUGAGGCGUUUCCUGAAAUAUAUUACGACUUUACGCUCGGCAUAUGA